ACUUCGAUCAUUUUGCCUUAGUUAUUGAUAAUUCGUCACUAUACUGGAACAUUGAAACGAAUAAACAUUAUUUUGAAAAUUCCUAACGAAUCGUCAGGCGUAUAUGUAUAUUGAUAAACGUUUCUCCCCGACUUCGGUUCACGCAAGAGAGCGGGAGCGUAUUUAUUUUUAUACGAAAUUCCGAAGAAUCACCAAUUCAAUAUGGCUACCGGAAGUCCUCAGGGUCGAAGCUGCAAGAUAUCCGGUUAUGUGAAAACUAGUUUCGUAUAUUGUCGACAGGUCGCGUCGAUGUUGAAGAAGAGGGAGAACGGGAAUCGCGGAUGUCAGGAGCCAUGAGACAACUUGAGGAGCGUCAACUUCCUGCGGAAGUUACGAUUAUGCGAUGGUCACCGAAGAUGGACCUUCUCGCAAUUGCAAACAAAAAAGGUGAAGUAGCUCUCCACCGGUUAACCUGGCAACGAGUGUGGCUACUAAGCCCUCAGGAUGAAACGGAUGACACAGUGGCUAAUUUGGCCUGGAGGCCAGAUGGAAAACUUUUGGCUAUUUCAUAUACAAACUCUAAGAAUCUUUGUCUCAUUGACAUAGAAAAUAAAAAUAUCAUCCAUAAAAAACCACAUGAGUCCAGCGAAAAGGUCACUUGCAUGUCUUGGCUGCCCAUAGGAAAUUUAGACAACGAUAAUUCUGGUCAUCCUCUCAAAAGCAUGACUUCACCUACCGGAGAAUAUCUACCGUCUUUGCCCAGUCUUAAUCGAGGCUUUGGCCAAGAACCGGAUCGCAAAGAUUACCUCUUUCAGACUCUGGACAUGUUGUUUGUGGGUUUGGAAGAUUCAGGAAUAUCGAUGUACGUUUUCGGGAUGUUCUAUUGCGGAACAAUAAAAGUGGGGAAUGGUCCAGUUUCGGAAAUAAGCGGUGGUUCAGGUGGUCCAAUAUUAGCGAGUUGUCGAGAACAAAAUUGCAUAAAAGUUUAUCGACUUUCAUGUCCGUUGCUUGAGAGAAGUGGAGCGUUCCUGAAAAUUGCCCAAGUCCAAGCGAACAUCGAGUGUCUCAUGGAUUAUUUAUCUCACACAUUGAUGGCCAUAUCAGAAGCUUGGGAGACGAUACUUCUUGAAAUGGACGAGAAGCUUGCCCGCUACGCCGACAGCAACCCACCUUGUGCAAUGGCUGCUGAUUUUCUUGAAUUGCUAAUGAUUGGCAUUCCCACUCAAGAGUUGGAGAAUUUUCUACUGCGUGACCUCACUGAGAAAGGACUCAAAAAACUCGGACAUAGUAUUGAAAUGUGCUAUAGCAAUAUUCAGAAACUCGUACUGAAGCAUUUGAGCAGCGUUGGAAUGGCUCUUGUCUAUCAAUUGGGAGAAAUGCGAGGCAUGGCUCGGCUUGGUGGCCCUUACGAGAGUCUCGGUCUCAAGGAUGAAACACCCGUUACCAAAGGUUUGCACGCUGCUGAGGCUUUUCUCGCUAAAUCCUCCGAAAUUCAACAAGUCAUCGAUCACAGUAUGAGGGAUUACAAAGCAUUUUUCCGGUGGUUAUAUGUCGUCAUCGCAAGAUUAACAGACGAGAGAGUUCCCUCUGAGGCCAGUCGUGUGAGUCAACAGGAGUUGACAUUUAUAGCCGAUUUUCUUCGUGGUUUUGACAAAACGGAUAACACUGCAAGUGGACGUAAAGGCGUGAAUCUUGAAAAACUAUGUCAGUAUUUGAGACGAGAACCACUUCAAACGUGUUUAACAGCCGAAGGAAGUGAAUGGGCAGCACUAUUGACCGAAAAUAAAUGUCUACGCGAUCAUCCUUUGAUCGUCAAACAAGAUCUGGACUCGUCGCUUCUUCAAUCGCACGAAAAACUCGUCGGUGCCAUUAAAGACGUAUUUUCUGAAGCGUAUCAAAGCCUCGUCAGCCAUUUUUCAGUCACGUCAAUUGCACUUCCCUUGUCAAAAUCCUCUCAGGAUACACAAAUCGUAACUUCUGAUGAAAAUUUGUUAAUUGCUGCCAGUGAUCCUGAACGCAAAGCUCUCAAGCUUUUCAAAAUUGAAACAUCUUGUGUUGAGACUCGGACAUUGAGCUUUAAAAAAGCUCUCGUCAGCGUCGACGCGAGAAAUGCUUCCUUCACAGAAGUUGCGAACGACUUAACGAUUUCGGACUUACAAUUUUAUUCGCAAGGUUUUCUCAGUUUGUUGUUAGUAAACCGAACUAAUUACGCGUCAUACCUCGUACAAAUGCCGAUAAGUGAAACCAUUUUUGAGGUCGAAGACGAUAGUGCAGUGAGUUUAGGAGAAAUCGUUGGGACAUCGUGGCCUCGACCUUUUCAGGGAAUUUCCGCGAGACGUUUAGCCGUAAGUGGUGCUCGAAAAGUAGCUGCGAUUCUCAGCGAAUCUAGUCGCAAAAUAAGACUUCUUGAGACUGAAGUCGAACCGGAGGACGAGGAGGAUAAGGAUGAGGAUGACACGAUCGAUGAGAGCCUCAUGGAUACUUCUAAUUCCAAUGUGCCUGGUACAUCAUCCUGAAAUCUUGUAAAAUGAG